AUGGAAAAUGACACGUCUGUGACUGAAUUCAUUAUACUGGGCUUCUCAAAACUCCCAGAAAUGAAGUUCUUACUGUUUGUGGUGUUUUUAUGCCUGUACUUCUUUACAAUACUUGGUAACAUCAUCAUUGUUGUCACCAUCAGUUUUGAUAUUGCCCUACAGACUCCCAUGUAUUUUUUCCUCAGGAACUUAUCUUUCUUGGAAGUAUGUUUCACCUCAGUCACCAUACCCAACAUGCUUGUAAAUCUCCGCUUGGCAGAAAGCAAAAUCUCUUUUGUCGGGUGUGCCACACAGCUCUAUUUCUUCUUACUGUUCGGUGUUACGGAGUGCUUUCUCCUUUCUGUUAUGUCAUAUGACCGCUAUGUGGCCAUCUGCAACCCACUGCGAUACAUGGUCACGAUGGACAAGAGAACUUGUCUCCAGCUGUCUGUGGCAUCUUGGCUUGCUGGAUUCUUGGUGGCAGCAGGACACACCUCCUUCAUUUUUAACCUCCCUUUUUGCGGGCCCAAUGUCAUUAAUCAUUUCUUCUGUGAGAUUCAGCCACUGCUGGUGCUUAUUUGUGGAAACACCUACUGGAACGAAGUCCAAGUCAUUGUGGUGGCCGGUGGGGUACUCAUGCUUCCCUUCAUUCUUAUCCUGGUGUCUUACAUCCAGAUCAUCACUACUAUCUUGAAAAUGAGAUCAGCCAAAAGCCGGUGCAAGACCUUUUCCACUUGUUCCUCUCACCUCAUUGUAGUAACCCUGUUUUAUGGCUCAGCCCUCUUCAUGUACGCGCGGCCUAAGUCUAGUUACUCUUUGGACACUGACAAGUGGCUGUCUCUGUUCUAUUCUGUCAUCACGCCAAUAUUGAACCCCAUCAUAUAUAGUCUCAGGAAUAAAGAGGUAAAAGGAGCAAUGUGGAAACUGGGUACUAAAAUCUUUCUUAUGGUAAAAGGUUCAUAG